CGAAAACCUUAUCGCCUGGGAGUUAGUGCUCAUUUCGAAGUAGUUUCGCAGCUGAUAUAUUCUAGACUCCAGAGAUAAACCGAAAAAAAUGGAUCCAAGGAAAACGAUAACCUGGUUCUUUGGCCUGCCAUCGGUUCGCUAUACGCAGAUCUUCAUCGUGGUGGCAGGUGAUCUUUUGGCCCUAUCAAAUCUGAUUCCCAAGCACUGCAGAUAUAUAUCGCAUCCUUUUCUCCUUUGGCGGGAUCCCCAGGAGGAAGAAGAAAAUUGAAGCGCACUCUCCAGUUCUAAUUUAUUGUAUUAUAUAUUUUAUUUUUUUAUUUGCGUGGGAGACGUUUUAUUGCCCCAAAAAUUUGACCGAACCAACCUUGAGUUUCAAUGCCAAUGCCAGGCCCAUGACGUCAUUGUAUCUGGAUGCCCGAAGCUGCUUAAAUAUAUAUUUAUUCUGUUGUAUGUA